CUGACUGAAGUUGGAAAUCUCGUACUGUACUGUAGUGUAGAGUGGGGCUUGCUGUGGGCUCAGGUGUGGGUUACGAUGUUACCCCUAUCCAUUAAAGAUGACGAAUAUAAGCCCACUAAAUUUAACCUCGUCGCCAAGAUUUCAGGAUGGUUCAGGUCGAUACUCGCUGACAAGACGUCUCGGAACCUGUUCUUCUUCUUGUGUCUGAAUCUGUCCUUCGCCUUUGUGGAGCUGCUCUAUGGCAUCUGGAGCAACAGUCUAGGUCUGAUUUCAGACUCCUUCCACAUGUUCUUCGACUGCACAGCUCUGCUAGCAGGUUUAGCAGCGUCAGUCAUAUCGAGGUGGAGAGCCAAUGACUCCUUCUCUUAUGGGUACGUGAGAGCGGAGGUGCUGGCUGGCUUUGUCAACGGCCUCUUCCUCAUCUUCACAGCCUUCUUCAUCUUCUCAGAAGGAGUAGAGCGAGCGCUAGAGCCCCCAGAUGUGCAUCAUGACAGGUUACUGCCCGUCUCCAUCGCUGGGCUCCUCGUGAACCUCGUCGGAAUCUUCGUCUUCCAGCACGGGGGACACGGACACUCUCACGGAGGAGAGGGUCACGGCCACAGCCAUUCGCUGUUCAACGGCACCGCAGGUCACGGGCACAGCCACGGAGGGGGUCACGGGCACAGCCAUGGGGGUCACGGGGCCGGGCACGGGCACAGCCAUGGAGGAGGCCACGACCAUGGACAUGGACAUGGGCACGGGGAUCAUGAUCACGGGCACGGGCACGGGCAUGGAGGCCAUGGGCACUCUCACGAGGAACCCUGCCACGAUGACCAGGUGGAGAAAGUGUCCACUAAACAGAUUAUUGAUGGAGUGUUCCUCCACAUCGUGGCUGAUACGCUGGGCAGUAUCGGGGUAAUCAUCUCGGCCAUCCUGAUGCAGAAAUACGACCUGAUGAUCGCAGAUCCCAUUUGCUCCAUGCUGAUCGCAAUACUCAUAGGAGUCAGUGUUGUCCCGCUGCUUAAACAGUCUAUUGGGAUUCUGAUGCAGAGAACUCCGCCCUCUCUAGACCAUGCCCUCCCAGAAUGCUACCAGCGGGUACAGCAGCUGCAGGGUGUGUAUAAUCUCCAGGAGCCUCACUUCUGGACACUGUGUACGGACGUUUACAUUGGAACCCUCAAACUGCUCAUCGCCCCCGACGCCGACGCUAAAUGGAUACUCAGCCAGACACACAACAUCUUCACUCAGGCCGGCGUGAGACAGCUGUACGUACAGAUCGACGUGGCGGCCAUGUAGAGGUCAAAGGGCACGGAGGAGUACGGAGAUCUCUGAUUGGACCAAAGCCUGGAGGGGGGUGGCACCCUCUCUUGUGACCUUGCCUCUGGGACCCCCAAACACACACACACACACACACACACACACACACACACACACACACACACACACACACACACACACACACACACACACACACACACACACACACACACACAAGCAAGAGACUCACGUUAAGGAGACUAUGGAACUCUUUUCUUCAUUCCUCCGGUGCCCCCACAAAAUCUCUCUCUCUUUCUAUUUCUCUCUCUCCUUUUUAAUGGGGGAAGUUUCUGGAUGUUUUUUAUCUUCAUUUUUUUGGGGUUUUCUGGUGGAGUAAUAAUUUCACCUUCACAUAAUCAGUCUUCAUUAGUGUGUGUGUGUGUGUGUGUGUGUGUGUGUGUGUGUGUGUGUGUGUGUGUGUGUGAAAGAGAGUGAGAGAGAGAGAGUUUAUCAGUGUCUGUGUGGUGUGUAAGAGGGUUAAGUAUGUGUGUAUGUGCGUGUGUGCGAGGGAUAAGUGUGAAUGUGAUUGGGUAAGUGUGUGUGUUUCAGUAAGCGGUCCGGUGUAUAAGGGAGAGUGAUUCUCAUCAUGAAGUGUUUCUUCUGCUCUUGUCCAGCACCUUUGUGUGCGCGUGCAUGCCUGUGUGUGUUCAUGUGGAGGCUGAAGGUGGUUCUACUUCUCUGGGUCUCUGAAGUGCCUUUCUAGUUCAGUCACAUGACGGACAAUCUAAAGUAAACCAUCACAUCUCUAAACACACACACACACACACUCACUCACACACACAGACACACACCUGUGUGUGUACCUUUUGGUUGCGUCCAUUUCAGCCCCGUGUGCAUGUGAAUAUGUGUGUACUGUACGGUUUGUGUGUAUGCAUGCAAGCAUUCCGUGUGUGUGUGUGUGUGUAAAUGUAUUUGUACCCCAGUAAAUAUGCGACCUCAGCAUCAUUCUUUUUUUUUGUUCCAUUAUGUUAAACUUCAUCAGUUUCAUCCAUCAUUGACAAGUGAGUGUGUGUGAGAGUUAUUAUGAUGAGCGAGUGUGUGUGUGCGCGUGUGUGUUUGUUUGUGAGACGUUUUGUGUGUGAGACCUGUGAAGAAAGAUGAAGUAAAGUCAUAAUUUGUUUACCAAUGAA